AUAUGUGUUGUUAUUGUUGUUGGUGUUUCUAUGACUAUCAAUCUAUCUAUCUUUUGUGUAUGUGUGUGUGGGUGUGUGAAUCUGUUACAACCAAGAUGCUUCGGACAGGACACAGCAAGCAAAAAAAAAACACUCCCAAGUUGCAGUAGCAGACAACCCAUUACACUGCUUUACAACGCGGGCGCACACACACAAAUAAGGAAAAUAAAUACUCCGUAAGAAAAUAAAUAAAUUAAAUAUCUCCCUCUCUAAAUUUUAUUCUAUCUUCAAGACCACGUCUGUCCUCGUUAAUUCCUUCAUCCUUCUCUUCUCUUCUUGAAUCUUCUCUUGCUUCGUUUUGAACUCUUUUUGUUGGGUUUUCUCUCUGAGACAUCAAAAAAUAAUAGGGGUUUAUUAUUAUUAUUAUUAUUAUUUAUUAUUUUUGCAUUUUGAUUUGUAAAUUGGUUUUGUAUUACUAUUAUUAUUAUUUUGAGUAUAAACCCCCUGAUUGUGCGUCGGUGCAAGGUCACUUUCCGUCGGCAUUGUUCGUGUUAAAAAAUAAUGCGAAGAAGGCGUUGGUUCUAAUUUCGAUCUCAAUUAAACUAUCCCCAGAAGUGCACAACAGCAACAACUACUACUGGCUCUAACGAUUGAUGAUUGAUUACCUCAAGUGAAGUGAAGGGAUUGCUUUGGACUGUUUAAGGGCUGAAAGACCAUUGAUUUCUUGAUUUGCAAGAACAAACUCCGUAUUGUCAGAAUGAUGGUGAAUUUUGAUCUGGGUAUUAGCUUUAUUCCCACACUUAUUCAAGUUGUUACCAGCAAAUGAAGCUGGGACUUUUAGUAGGAAUCUGGCUACGCUGCUGUAUCUGUGUCAUUACAGGUUUGGUGUUCAAGAUUAUAUCAGUACAUGAUCUUUGCGGCUUUCCUUCUAUCCACAUUGAGCUUUCAAGCCAAAUUGGUUCAAUGCUUGAUAAUUCAAAUUUUAAAACUACUACCGCGUAGCUCAAGUGGCUCCCAUACCAAAUGUCAAGGACUCUUGCAGCGAUACUGGGAGGUGCUGCAGGAGCCGUGGCAUUGGUGGGGAUUAUAAUUAUAAUUAUAUGGUUCUGCCUGUCUCAUAAUAGGAGUGUUUCACGUACUUCUGAGACAGGUUCCUCCGAUCCAUCCAUUCAAGUUGGAAGACCUGUUGGUGUUGAAUUGACCUUUAGAGAAGCAAGACGUUUCGAGAUGGAAGAACUGUCGUUGGCUACACAAAAUUUUAGUGAUAAAAGUUUGAUUGGGGAAGGAAAAUUUGGAGAGGUAUUUAAGGGUUUGCUUCAUGAUGGAGUUCUUGUAGCCAUAAAAAGGCGAGCUGGUGCUCCUAGUCAGGAAUUUAUUGAAGAGGUGCGAUAUCUCUCAUCUAUUCAGCAUCGGAAUCUCGUGACACUUUUAGGUUACUGCCAAGAAAAUAAUCAGCAAAUUCUAGUCUAUGAAUAUAUACCUAAUGGAAGUGUUUCUAUUCACUUAUAUGGUGCUGGUCAGGUUUCAAGGGAGAAGCUAGAAUUCAAGCACAGACUUCCAAUAGCUCUAGGGGCAGCUAAAGGCUUGGCUCAUCUCCACUCCCUUAGUCCCCGUUUGGUACAUAAGGAUUUCAAGACAGCAAAUGUUCUUGUAGAUGAAACUUUCAUAGCCAAGGUUGCUGAUGCUGGACUAAGGAAUUUUCUUGGAAGAGUUGAUGUUGCAGGCCCAUCUUCUCAAAUGGCUGCCGAUGAGCUAUUUCUUGCCCCCGAGGUGAGAGAAUUCAGACGAUUUUCUGAAAAAAGUGAUGUAUACAGUUUCGGGGUAUUCCUUCUGGAGUUGGUAAGCGGACGGGAAGCAAUGGAAUUGCUAUCUUUGGAUGCGAAUCAAAACCUGGUUGAAUGGGUGCAAAAUUAUCAAGAUUCUGGCAAGAUAUCUACCAUCAUAGAUCAAAGGCUUGGGAAUAGCUUCACAGCAGAAGGCAUGGAAGAGUUCAUACAGUUGAUGGUCCGUUGUGUGGACCCUUCCAGUGAAAGGCGACCUGCCAUGAGCUAUGUGGUAAUGGAACUGGAUCGGAUACUUGAGAAAGAGAUGAGUUUGACGACAAUCAUGGGGGAAGGAACCCCAGUUGUGAUCCUUGGGAGCCAUCUCUUUAGGGCAUCAAAAUAAAAUGAUCCAAGGGUUUAGCUUGUUUGCCUUCAAAUUGUUGAGUGUGUUGCUUGUGAAAUAGUACUUUUUUGGAAAUACCAGAGAAGAAUAGAUCCAGCUGUUUGAUAAGUGUAUAAAGAACAGCUGUAGUAUUUUUUUGAUUUUUUUCCCUUCAUAAAUGUACGAGAAAUCUUGUUGUAAACCAUUAUUUGUGUCAAUAUAACUGUGAUGGUUGAGGUUUGUGA